UCUGAGCCUUUUGGAAUUUCUCACAUUUCUGCAUAAAAUCACCUUCAAAUGUGAUCCGAUCUUUGUCAAAAUAACACAGAUGUAAAUACAGUGUCUGCUUGAAGUAAGACCACACAAACAUUUAUAGGUUGUCAUAUUUUAAUGAGGAUAGCAUGCAAACAAUGACAGAAGAAGGAAAAUAAGUGAACCCUCUGCCUGAGGAGACUUAAAAAGCAAUUGAAAACAAUUUUUCCACUGAUGAGUGGUUUAAAGCUGCCAUGCCCCCUAUAAAACGCAUACACCGGGUAAGAAUUUUCUUGAUGAGAGGCAUUGUCUGUUGUACAUCAUGGCUGGGUCAAAUUGUUGAUUUGUAUAAAGCUGGGAAAGUAUACAAAACCAUCUCUAAAAGUCUGGAUGUUCAUCAGUCAACGGUCAGAGAAGCUGUCUACAAAUGGAGAGUUUGGCACUGUUGCUUCUCUCCCAAGGAGUGGCCGUCCACCAAUGACGACUCCAAGAGUUCAGCGCAGAAUACUCAUACAGGUGAAAAGAAGCCUAGAGUGUCCGCUAAAGACUUGUAAAAAUCACUGGCACAGUCAAAUAUCUCUGUGCACACAUCAACUAUAUGUAAAACUAUGGCCACGAACGGCGUUCGUGGGAGGACUCCAUGGAGGAAGCUAUUGCUGUCAAAAAAAAACAUUGUUGCUCGUUUAAUGUUCGCAAAAAGGCACAUGGACUACAGAACUUUUGGCAAAAUAUUUUGUGGACUGAUUAAACCAAAGUUGAAUUGUUUGGGAGUGACACACGUUUUGUGUGGAGGAAAAAUGGAACAGCUCACCAACAUCAAAUCCUCAUCCCCAACAUGAAGCAUGGUGGAGGGAGCAUCAUGAUUUUGGGCUGUUUUGCUGUCUCAGGGCCUGGACGACUUGCAAUCAGUAAAUAGAAGAAUGAAUUCAAAAGUUUUAUCAAGAUGUUUUGCAGGAAAACCUGAGGCCAUCUGUCAGACAGUUCAAGCUAAAAAGAGGAUGGAUGCUGCAACAAGACAAUGAUCCAAAACACAGAAGUAAAUAACUUCAGAAUGGUUUCAGAAAAACAAAAUAAACAUGCUGGAGUGGCCAAGUCAAAGUCCAGACUUGAACCCCAUUGAGAUGCUGUGGCAUGACCUAAAGACAGCGAUUCAUGCCAGACAUCACUGGAAUCUGACUGAACUACAGCAAUUUUGUAGGGAAGAAUGGGCCAAGAUUCGUCCUGAUCGAUGUGCCAGACUGAUCUGCAGCUACAGGAAGCGUCUGGUUGAAGUUAUCGCUGCCAAAGGGGGGGCCACAAAAUACUUACUUUACUUUUCACCUUUCUGUCAUUGUUUGCAUACUAUCCUCAUUAAAAUAUGAAAACCUAUACAUGUUGGGUGGUUUUAAAGCAGACUGUUUUUUCAUCUGUGUGAUUUUGACAAAGAUCAUUUGAUGGUUAUUUUAUGCGGAAAUGUGAAAAAUUCCAAACGAUUCGGAUACUUUUUCAUACCAAUGUAUUCAUGAUGAUCAUAGAGAAAAAUGGAAUUUAUUUUCAACAAACAUGCAUUAUUUGGAACACACAACACUAAAAUCACGCCGUAAAACACAUCUGUGAAGUGUAACACUAAGCCUAUUGUGCUGACAUCACGGUUGGUACAAGGAGGGCAGAGGACAGAAUUACUUUGACAAGCAGACAGCAAACAGCUCAUCAGCAUGAGUAUCCACGUAUUAGCUGUGCUUCUAGUCGGUGUGUUUGCUUUGGCCCAGUCUUCAAACAGACAAGUGGGUCUUGCCAACAAAGUCCUGGUCUUCCCUUAUGAAACCGAUUUCAGCUACGUGACUCUGAUACCCCUGAAGGACAUGGCGCUCAAGGCCUUCACGCUUUGCAUGCGCGUGGCCACCGAGCUGCCUGAAGAACGCCAAAUAAUCCUGUUCGCCUACCGUACGCCGGACUACGAUGAGCUCAACGUGUGGCGCGAGAAAGACGGUCGUGUCGCUUUUUACAUGAGCGGCGAUGGCGUCUUCUUCUUUUUGCCGCCGCUGGGCACUUUCCGUACCAGCCUGUGCCUGACCUGGGAAUCCGUUGCUGGCCUAACUGCAUUUUGGGUAGACGGAAAGCGCAGCACCUAUCAGGUGUACAAACCCGGACACAGCAUUCGACCUGAAGGCACCGUCCUUCUGGGUCAGGACCCUGAUAAACAUCUGGGGGGUUUGGAGGCCCUGCAGAGCUUCGUGGGGGAGAUAACCGAUGUGAAUAUGUGGGACUACGUCCUCUCCAGGAGCCUGAUUCAAGCCUGGCAUUACGGGCACAAGGUACCAAAAGGCAAUAUUUUUGACUGGGCCACUAUUGAUUAUCAGCUUAAUGGUAAUGUCAUGCUAGUUGACGAUGACUGACUCACUGUGGUGUCCUGUGGAGGGAAGCAAGGCAUCUACAUUGGACUAUCUUUCAUAGUUAUCACCUUACUUAUUUCUGAACUUAACAACUGAAAAUGUGAUAUUUCAUCUAGGGCUGUCAAAAUUUUCAUGUUAACGGGCAGUAAUUAAUUUUUAAAAAUUAAUCACGUUAAAAUAUUUGACGCAAUUAACGCACAUGCCCCGCUCAAACAGAUUAAAAUGACAGCAGUGUCAUGUCUACUUGUUACUUGUGUUUAUAUGUGUUUUGUUUUUGACCAAACAAAAAAUGGGUAUCAUCAUGGGUAUCACCCAUCAUUUUAUGAGUAUCAUGACAAUGAGCAUUGUGUAAUUAUUGACAUCAACAAUGGUGAGCUACUAGUUUACGUUUUGAUUGAAAAUUUUACAAAUUUUAUUAAAACGAAAACAUUAAGAGGGGUUUUAAUAUAAAAUUUCUAUGACUUGUACUAACAUUUAUCUUUUAAGAACAAGUUUUCUAUCCAUGGAUCACUUAAACAGAAUAAUGUUAAUGCCAUCUUGUUGAUUUAUUGUUAUAAUAAACAAAUACAGUACUUAUGUACCGUAUGUUGAAUGUAUAUAUCCGUCUUGUCUUAUUUUUCCAUUUCAACAAAAAUUUACAGAAAAAUAUGGCAUAUUUUAUAGAUGGUUUGAAUUGCGAUUAAUUACGAUUAAUUAAUUUUGAAGCUGUAAUUAACUCGAUUAAAAAUUUCAAUCGUUUGACAGCCCUAAUUUCAUCACAUAAAUUUGACACCCAUGCAUUAAUUGUUUUUUGUUUUGUAAGCCCCAAAUGCAUAAUUUUCAAUAAACUGUUUAAUUCACUUCCGUUGUAUUCAACUUUAAGGACAUUUCUCUUAGCCAGAAACGCGUGUUUAAUAAUUUUCCCCCCAUUAAUGUUUGAACUGAUCAUAAUCUUACUUUAGCUCACAUACAACAAUAUCAUUAACCUUGAAGGGAAUGGGUACCUUUCUCGCAGACAUCAUAUAACUGUCUACAUUAGUCUAACACAUUUCUUAUAGUAAAGCAGUUAGGGAGAUGAUACUACAUACCAUUUGACACAGUAAAGUUGACUGGCUUAUCAGCCCUCGCCUGAUAAGCGAAGAAAGAACUUCAUCAAGUCUCCGGUAGGAGUCAGGACGCUCCUGCCCUACCAACAACUUGAUAGCGCGAGCGCCUUGGACGUCAAGACCUGCGUCUGUCGCCGUGGCAACCACGUCUCAGCCACGAAGGGUGACGCACGAACCUGACCAACCAAACCUGCCACAGAGGGAUGAUUCCAAGACAACACCCAGCCACGCCUUCGGCCCGGCCCACUCCACUGCAGUUUUCAAAAAGAUUGAACAUUUAGAUAACAACUGUCGCUUCUCGGGAACAUUACUAUGUGGCCGUUGUUUUGCCGACCCUGGAUUCAGCAUUGUCUCUCUGUCAUCUGUUUUUGCCUUGUUUUUGACCAUUGUCAACGAAUAAAUUGUCAACCUGUUUUCAGUGAGCCUUCUUCAAACUUUUGGAACAUGGAGUCAGUACAAAGGGUUGAUACUGGAGUGAAAGCACGGAAUUUUGGCCCCUUCCGGACGCCUUGCGGAAGAGGUGCCAGCGGAACACUAUUUUGGUUCGGCCGUCCCUGUUUUCACAGCUUGGCCGGGGGGCCGAAUUCCUUCAACCUGAAUAAAAGAUUGCCUGUAUUUCUUACUUUCUCACUAUCAAAAGAUAAAUGGAACAUACAGUACCAAUGUGCUUGUUAAAGAAAAAUCACUAAAUUGUUGUCCUAGUCAUGUUAACAAUGUGUUUUCCCUAAAGAUUGUGCUUUCUGUAGGUGUUGCUGCAGCAUUUGUGUUGAAUAA